AUCGUGUUUACUUUUUGUCAUUUGUAAUUAUUGGAAUUUGGAGACUGGAGUCUGGAAAUUCUGGAAUCUAGAAUUUAGAUUAUCGUGUGGCGAGUGUUUUAGAUCAUGACUACAAGUGAGAAAGAUGCAGAAGGAAAAACUGAUAGUACUGGGGGUGAGCCUCCAGAGAAUACUGAAGACAAUGACCGGAUGGCCCUAUCAGAAUAUAUCACCCAACUUGAAGCUAGAAUUAGUAGUAAAUCUGAUAUGAGAAAUCAAAAUCUUAACUGUGUGAGACCCCCAGAUAAUCAUUUCUCUAAAUUGGAUUCUGGACUAAAGAAAAAUACGACAUUUGUUAAGAAAUUAAAAUCAUUCAGUGCGUCUCAAUUAGAUAUUUUGAUGAAAGACUUAAGUACACUUAACCUCACUAAAUAUAUAUCAGAAGUAGCAGCAGCUCUUGCUGAGGCAAAACUAAAAAUGUCUGAUAUAGCUCCUGCAAUAAACUUGUGUUCUGCACUACAUCGCACAUACAGUGAGUUCUCGCCGUUUUUCUUUGAAAACUGGCAAAAAAUUCUUACAUUUAAGGCUACUGACAAAAUAGCUAAUUCUUCAAAAUUGCGUGUUGACUUAAGAUUUUACGCUGAGUUGGUAUGUGUUGGAAUUUUUACAAAUAAAACUGGAUUACCGCUACUAGGAAAUGUUCUUACCGUUCUUAUUAACAUGGAUAAAGAAGAUCAUAAUAAUAUACCAAUAUUAUUAUCAUUCUGUAAACAUUGUGGUGAAGAUUAUGCUGGUUUGGUCCCAAAGAAAAUCAAGGAUACUGCUGAGAAGCUAAAUGUAAUAGUUCCAAGAAAUACGUUUCUACCUGCAGAAAAGCAAACAGCAGUCCGAUCCUUGUUAAAAGAUUAUUUUGCAUCACUUGUUAAGCACCUUCUAGCAGAAAGAGCACAAUUACAAGCACUUCAUGUUGCAAAUCAGAGGACUUUACACACUCGUGGUGAACUAUCUCAGGAAAGAAAAGAUCAAUUGGAACAACAUCAGGCAACAUAUGACAAAUUACUAACUGGUGCUCAGAACUUUGCUGAAGUACUAGGCGAGGAACUUGGUGAGGCCGGUGAGCCACCUACUCUGACAUUAAAUGUUAUUGAAACCCAAGGAACAGUCACUAUUGGGGGUAAUGAAGAGUACACAAUGCAAGCAGCCACAGAUCCAUGGCAGGAUGAGGAUACAAGAACAUUCUAUACAAACUUGCCCGACUUGAAAGUGUUUAUGCCAAAUUAUCAAUUAAAAGAAACUCUUAAAAACAAAACCGAAACAGUGACUGAAGAAAUGUUAGAUGAAGACCUAAAAGAAGACGAGCUCAGUGACAGCGAGGAACCAUCUGUGCCUGAUGUAGAUCAGGAGGAGGCACAGCCUUCUAAUGUAUCUAAUAAAUACGCUCUAGAUGCAUUUCUCAAUGAACUGCCUAAUUGCAUUAACCGAGAAUUAAUUGACAACGCAGCGGUAGAUUUUGUUCUAAAUUUGAACACAAAAAACAACAGAAAAAAACUUACAAGAGUACUGUUCAGUGUUGCUAGGACACGACUCGAUUUAUUACCAUUUUACUCAAGAUUUGCAGCAAUACUGUAUCCAGUCCUUCCAGAUGUUUGUGUUGAUUUGUGUCAAAUGUUAAAGCAAGAUUUUAAAUACCAUGUCAGAAAAAAGGAUCAGAUUAAUAUUGAAUCAAAGAUAAAAGUUGUAAGAUUCAUCGGGGAGCUUGUCAAAUUUAAUCUAUACUCAAAGAUGGAAGCAUUAUAUUGUUUAAAAGUCCUUCUUCACGAUUUUAAACAUCAUCACAUAGAAAUGGCCUGCAACUUAUUAGAAACAUGUGGAAGAUAUUUAUAUUGUAAUUCAGACACUCAUCAACGGACCAUGAUAUACUUACAACAGAUGAUGAGAAAGAAGACGGUAUCAGCAUUAGAUUCGCGAUACGUAACACAAAUCGAAAAUGCAUUUUAUUACGUGUGUCCUCCCGAAGCACCCGCGCAGCCAAAAGAAGAAGAGGCACCUAUGCAUCAAUUUAUAAGAAAGAUCCUCCACGAAGAUCUCCAAAAGACUAACGAGGAAAAGAUUCUCAGGCUUAUGAGGAAACUGAAUUGGGAGGAUACUGAAGUUUCUACGGUUGCAAUACUGCAUUUAGCUGGUGGCUGGAGGGUACGAGCCAGUGCAAGACGGGCUUUGGCAAGACUCACAGCAGAAUUGUCCGCUUGGCAGGAAGUUGUUGCCCCAGCAGUUGUCGACACCAUUAUGGAAGAAAUCAGACUGACAUUAGAAGACCCUCACCCAAGAUACAAUCAACGUCGUAUCGCUACCGUCAGAUACUUGGGAGAGCUAUACAACUACAAGUUACUGGAUUCGCGUGACGUCUUCACCGUGCUGUACUCCUUCAUAACCUUCGGAGUCUCCAACGACCACUCCAACGUGUCCGCCCUGGAUCCGCCAGAGAAUGUGUUCAGAAUCAGACUGGUCUGUGCCUUGCUAGAGACCUGUGGAGCGUACUUCAACAGUGGUUCCAGCAAGAAACGCCUGGAUUACUUCUUGGUGUUCUUCCAGAAUUACUACUGGUUCAAAUAUUCAGACCCAUAUUGGACGGAGGAGAAUAAGUUUCCGAUAUAUGUGAAGUACAUUUACCAGGAGUGUUUGAGUACUUUGAGACCGAAGCUGACGUUGUUCGAGAGUUGGCAACAAAGCAAGGAUGCGAUAGAGGAAUUGAGGCAGACGUUAUACCCUGAAUUGGGGGAGGAGGAUUAUGAGAAUGAAGAGCAGGGAGAGGACAGCAUGGUGGAUGGAUUGGACACAAUUGUGGAGACAGACGAUGAGACUGAUAAUAAUCCACCGAUUCCUGAAGAGAGUUCGGAGGAGGAGUUGACGGAAAAUGCGGGGAACGAAGAGGAUGGGCAGGAUGAUAUUACGAUUGAACCGAGACGGCCAGCGCCUGUGAAAGAUGUGGAGUUUGAAUCGGCCUUCGAGAAAAUGGUGAUGGAAAAUGUCGCGGAGAGACAACGCGAAAAUCGACCCCAACAACGGGAUAUAGCAGUUCCUUUGACGUGCAGACAGACGACGAAGAAGACAUACGAACAGUUAUUGCAAGGCAAAGAAGGCGUGGAAUUCGUGUUAAUGGUCCGUAAAGGAACAAAGCCGCAAUAUAAGUCCUUCAAUGCGCCGCCAGAGCUCGCCAGCAAUCUCCAACAGCAGGCACUCGCCGACAAACAGGAGAUGGAGAGGGUUAAACGGUUAACAUUAAACAUAUCAGAGAGGCAAGAGGAAGAAGAAUACAGCGCCGAAAGCGGAGGAGGAUCAGAACGGAGUGGAAAUCCCAACAGAGGGCAGCACAUGAGGCAGAAGUACCAGCACCCGAAGGGCGCACCAGAUGCGGACCUUAUAUUUGGCCCUAAGAAGUUAAAAUAGCAUCUUUUGGAGUCAUUUCGAAAUAACUCGAAUUAUACCACGUAUUCCCAAUAGCGCUUUCGGUAACGCGAUUCCAAGUUUGGAAUGUCUACGGAUAUUGUAACGAAAUCGAACUUGCACUAAGUGACGUAAGCUUUUUCGGGAGCCAAUUA